AUGCAGCAGAGGUGGAGGAUGGAGGGACUGGGAUGGACUUGUCCUCCUGAAGCCGAAGUGCAGCACAAUGCAAGCCUCGUCUCAGGCCAUCACACUGGGGACUGGAUGUUUUUGGAACUACCACUAGAAUAAAUAAUCAGAGAAUGAUGAUUUAAUGAUGUUCAUACUGAAACUUUGCAUCCUGUGUCCUGAGCACAUGUAUUAGCCUAACUUAUACUGAACAAAAAUAUAAAUGCAACAGUUUCAAAUAUUUUACUGAGUUACAGUUCAUAUAAGCAAAUCAGUCAAUUUAAAUAAAUAAAUUAAGCACUAAUCUAUGGAUUUCACAUGACUGGGAAUACAGAUAUGCAUCUAUUGGUCACAGAUACCUUCAAAAAAAAUGUAAGGGCGUGGAUCAGAAAACCUGUCAGUAUCUGGUGUGACCACCAUUUGCCUCAAGAAGCGCGACAUCUCCUUCGCAUAGAGUUGAUCAGGCUGUUGAUUGUGGCCUGUGGAAUGUUGUCCCACUCCUCUUCAAUGGCUGUGCGAAGUUGCUGGAUAUUGGCGUGAACUGUAACGCUGUCGUACACGUCAAUCCAGAGCAUCCCAAACGUGCUCAAUGGGUGACAUGUCUGGUGCGUAUGCAGGCCAUGGAAAAACUGGGACAUUUUCAGCUUCCAGGAAUUGUGUACAGAUCCUUGCGACAUGGCCGUGCAUUACGUGACAUUACAUUGCAUGCUGAAACAUGGUGAUGGCGGCGGAUUAAUGGCACGACAAUGGGCCUCAUGAUCUCGUCAAGGUAUCUCUGCAUUCACAUUGCCAUCGAUAAAAUACAACUGUGUUCGUUGUCCGUAACUUAUGCCUGUCCAUACCAUAAACCCACUGCCACCAUCGGGCACUCUGUUCACACCGUUGACAUCAGCAAACCGCUCACCCACACGACACCAUACAUGUGGUCUGCGGUUGGACGUACUGCCAAAUUCUCUAAAACAACGUUGGAAGUGGCUUAUGGUAGAGAAAUUAAUAUUACAUUCUCUGGCAACAGCUCUGGUGGACAUUCCUGCUGUCAGCAUGCCAAUUGCACCCUCCUGCAAAACUUGAGACGUCGGUGGCAUUGUGUUGUGACAACUGUAUAUUUGAGUGGCCUUUUGUCCCCAGCACACGUUCUCUCACGUCACCCCGCUCCUCCGCACACUCCACUGGCUUCCAGUUGAAGCUCGCAUCUGCUACAAGACCAUGGUGCUUGCCUACGGAGCUGUGAGGGGAACGGCACCUCCGUACCUUCAGGCUCUGAUCAGUCCCUACACCCAAACGAGGGCAUUGCGUUCAUCCACCUCUGGCCUGCUGGCCCCCCUACCUCUGCGGAAGCACAGUUCCCGCUCAGCCCAGUCAAAACUGUUCGCUGCUCUGGCACCCCAAUGGUGGAACAAGCUCCCUCACGACGCCAGGACAGCGGAGUCCCUCACCACCUUCCGGAGACAACCCCACUUCUUUAAGGAAUACCUGGGAUAGGAUAAAGUAAUCCUUCUACCCCACCCCAAAGAAAAAAAAAACAUAUUGUAAAGUGGUUAUCCCACUGGCUAUAAGGGGAAUGCACCCACUCGGGAGACUGUAAAUGUAAAUGUAUGUGCACCUGUGUAACGAUCAUGCCGUUUAAUCAGCUUCUUGAUAUGCCACACCUGUUAGGUGGAUAGAUUAGAUCUUGGCAACGGAGAAAUGCUCACUAACAGGGAUGUAAACAAAUUCGUGCACAACAUUUUAGAGAAAAGCUAUGUGCGAAUGAAAAAGGUCUGGGAUCUUUUAUUUCAGCUCAUGAAACGUGGGACCAACACUUUACAUGUUGCGUUUAUAUUUUUGGUCAGUAUAGUUGGCAAAUAAUGUCUCAAAAGUCCCAUAAUACUUUUUCAAAAUGUUGAUAGUACAAAUCUCAUAUCACCUCAGCGUGGGGGAGGAGAGAAGAGUCCCUAUGUAGUUUGUGAAAACACACAAGCUGACUCGACACCCUCUCACAAUUUAAGUGGUUAAUUAUUGCAUAUUACCUAGCUAUGUUUAUUGCAAUGACGAGUUUAACACUUGCAGUUGUGAACUAAAUACUUUCUUGCGUUGAGAUUUAACUUGCAAUUAGUAGCUAGCCAACGUUAUGUUACCUAAUUCUGUCCUUCAAUGACAUCAUUGGUUGGCUAGUUAGCAAGCGCUCUUGCUAUUUACAUUUUAGUCAUUUAGCAGAUGCUCUUAUCUAGAGCGACUUACAGUUAGUGAGUGCAUAAUUUUUUUCUUCAUACUGGUCCCCCGUGGGAAUCGAAUCCACAACCCUGGCGUUGCAAGCGCCAUGCUCUACCAACUGAGCUACACGGGACCAGUUGGAAGGACAUAAAUCAAUCUACACAAUUACCAAAAACAAGUUCCUGAGCUAAUGUCUAGAGACUAAGACCAACUAGCAAGUCUUGGCUCACCGCUACCAAGACCUCGAAGGGCCCUUCCAACUCGUAGUCCUUGUAGCAACGCCGCCAUAUCCAGCUGAUAACAGUUUUUUGUAGACAUCGGACGCGUCAUAUUUACGCGACUCUCUUUUAGCAGCACCUAAGGUAUGUCAUUUUCCGCGUUCAAAACAACUGGGAACUCGGAAAAAAACGCGGUCAAAUCAUGACGUCAGUGACCUUCAGGUCGGAACUUUAUAAAGAAGCCACAGUUUCCAAGUUGGAAUUCCGAGUUGGAUGACCAUUCAAAAGAUUUUUCCCAGUCGGAGCUCGUUUUUUCCGAGUUCCCAGUUGUUUUUGAACGCACUGAAGUCAGAGAUUUCCGAGUUCCCAGUUGUUUUGAACCAGGCAAUUGUUUUGACGGGAGAGGUAAGUUCGCAAGCAGGUCAUCUAACGUUGACCGAAACCCGUUUUGCCUUAUUUAAUGUUCAGAAAGUAUCAAAGUCAAAGGGGAAUUACUACACAUGUUUUGUGAAUUUGCAUAGCUAAAACAUACAUUUUGAUUUGAACGUUUUAGCUUAUACUAGCUAGCGUUAACAUUAGCAAACCUCUACGUCACGCCGUUAACGUUACUAGCUGGCUGGUUGUCACAAAGAAAAUUACACAACGAGACGACCAGACCAAUAUAAUUUAUAAAACAUAAGUUGGUUAGAAUGGUUGAUGAUGUAUGUUUGACUGGGUUUGCCAGAAACGUUUUUGAUUUCUAGUCUGUUAUAGAAUAUUCCGGAUUUCAUGUGUGUUUAUUAUGAGGUUGGACUCUAGAGACAUAACUACAGAGACACUAACACUAAUCCUGAUGUACCUGAUGUAUGUGUAACUGGUGCAAGGUGCUGGCUGUAACUAGUCCUGAAAAUGUGAAAUCCUAACAUAAAUCAGUAAAGCAUUGUGUAUUAUUUCUGUUUCGCAAUCACUCAGGUCAUGUGACUGCUGCUAUCAGGGUGCUCUAGUCAAAGAUGAUCUAUUAUAUUGACAAGAUCGUCGAGUGACUGCUCUAACAAUGGAAAUACAUGUCCUCAAAUAAUAAUAAUAAUAUGCCAUUUAGCAGACGCUUUUAUCCAAAGCGACUUACAGUCGUGCGUGCAUACAUUUUUUGUGUAUGGGUGGUCCCGGAGAUGGAAGGCAGGCGAGAUCAGGUGAUACCAUUCUAAACAGUGAUAGGGCAGAUACGCGUAUGAACAACAGGCACAACUUCAAUCAAAAGGUGCCCAAAUAACACAUGCGUCCACUUAUAUCAGUGCAUUCGUAACAACCUAGCCAUAACGAAACUUAUUUUAGAUCAAAUAUGUCUCACGUAGCAAAUUAGCAAUACAUUUUUUGAAAUAGACCUGCAAUAAAAAAAAAACUUUUGACAGAUUUUGGGCUGAGUAAACCCUACCGCUUCGCGUCUUCCUCUGGUCUAGUAAAACUCCUGUCUCACUGCUGUGUUAUCAGCAGGAUGUCCACCCACUCAGACAACUCAAGUCUGGAAGGAGUCAGACCUGAGACGGUGACCUAUGGUGGUUUCUUUAGGUCGAUUUAAAAUUACAUUGAAUUAAUUGAUUGCUGCUCUGUUUGCAGGAGGCCAUGGCAGACCUUGAUGUGAAAGCAGGAGAUAAGGUGCUGUUGGUGUGGAGCCAGCCUUCGUCCCCAACAACCCUGAAGGAGCUGGCAGAGAGUCUAGGGGCCAUGGUUGGCACAGAGGGCCGAGUGUCCCUGGAGAAUAUGGAAAGACUUCUAAUGUGUAAGUGACACUCAUUCACCUGUUACAACACUUGGCCUAUGCUUGUUCUUUAACCCAUGCAUUGACAUGUGGGUCGUUCCACCUCAAAAAGCACAAGAAAGAGAAUUUCGACACCCACCAUCUCAGAUUGUUCCGAAAUUGUUAAUGUAUUUAGAAACAGAUAAGAUAAGCUUUCCUGCAACAUUAUUUUGUUGAAAUAUAAUUUGAUCUACAAGAAAUUAAGUUCAUUGUUUGGACCCAAAUUGGCCAUUUUAAAUUAUAGUAUUCAUAUAAUGUUCAAUAAGUAUAGUACAUAACAUCCGAUUUGGACCCCCCAAAAAAUCUAACAAUGAGUAAGACAUGAGGAUUCCUAAGAAAUGGUCAAAAGCCACCCAUGUACCCCCUAUAUCCCACGCCAAUCCCACCCCAACAACGAGUAUAUAGUAUCAGUUCUCUGUCUGACAAGUAGUAUGGAGCUGCAGCUCUGAGUAUUGUUUCUUCAUCUUAUGUAAUGUAUUCCAAGUGAAUUUGGUGAUGGUUUUUUCUCCCUGUUCAGCGAUUAUUAGUCAUUGAAGUUGGUAGGUUUAUGUCCCAUCCUACAUCCUGAUAUGACCAGGUUCUGACCACUAGAUGGUGCUGCUCUGGAUUUUUUUGGGGGGUAUGACAGCAAUCCAUGCUUUGGUUUUGUUGUCCACGGUUUCAAAUGCUAACUUUUUAGCAUUUGUGGCACAAAUCCAAUGCAAGUCAAUAGCUAGGUUUCCAACCAAUUUAGCAACAGAUUUCCAUGCAAAUAUUUUAGAAUCCGCAUAAAGAUAAUAUGUGCAUUUUCACAGCAGUGGUGUCGACCAAAUGGACUUGUUACGGAUAAAAAUCAGUGUGUGAUGACGUCGUGCACACUGUACUUUUUUGCUUAAGCUUUCAUGUACUGAAUAAAAAUCAUAAUUCAACGUGUUUCCAUCGCAUUUAAAACUCUACCGAUAGUUUUAUCACAAACUGUUGCGUUAAAUAGCAAAUGUGUCUACUACUCUGGUCUUGGCACGUGCGCUCUAGGCAACAGCUUGCAGAUAACCUACUGUAGGGUUGUCUACAUGAUGAGAUUAUUAUGGAUAAUAUUUGUAUUUGUCGAAUGUCAGUCAAGCAUUGAUCAUCAUGUCACCAGAAUAAGACCCCUCGAUAUUUAUUGGAAAGGAGCAUCAAGAUCACUGUGCACUUUCACCACCGUGAAGUUCAUCAUCAUUUAUUUAAUCUGUAGCCUAAUAAACUGCAUGGUUUUCCGAAUUGUAGUGGGAGGACCACACACCAUAUCAUUGCGUAAAUCCACGUUUACUUCGCUAUGAUGGUUAUUAUAUAAAUAUUUGCGCAUAAAGGCAUUUCCACAGCCAUUUCGCACAUAAUUAAUUUAAUCGACACAAAAAGAUCCCACCAUGUCGAACGAACAAAUUCUGUCGCAUUUAAUUUUUUUUACCGAAACGUCCUGUUUCCAUCACAGCUGUCAUUAAUUUUUAAAAUACGGUAUGACUUUAAUCAAAUAAACUGUGGAUGGAAAUGUUGUUCAUGGUACCUAUAUUAGCAUUUUCACGCUUCGUGUCCAAAUCAUCCUAAAGUAUCUUAAAAUGUAUUGUAUAACUAACUCAAUGUGGUUACAUAUAGAUUAUUUGGAUAUGAAGCGCAAAAAUGCUAAUAUAGGUAACAUUGACUUGCAUUGGAUUUGUGCCACAAAUGCAAAAAAGUUAGCAUUUGGCCAAACAGUGGCCUAGUAAACAAAACCAAAGCAUGGGUUGCUGUCAUAACUUGUCCAUAAACUGCUUAUAGGGUAAGGAAACCAAUAUGUAAUUUUCCCUUUAACAUUGAGGGGGGGCUUCUUUACAAAAAAAUCACCUAGCAGGAACAGCACCAUCUAGUGGUCAGAAUAUCAGGAUGUAGGAUAGGACAUAACCCUAACAGCGCCAUACGACAUACAGUACUUGUCAGACAGAGAACUGACAUUGUAUACUCGUUGUUGGUGUGGGUAUGGUGUGGGGGGGUGGGGUCCAUGGGUUGCUUUUGACAAUUUAUUUGGAUUCCUCAUGUCUUACUCAUUAUUAGAAAAAAAGUUUUAUUCAAAUCGGAUGUUGGGUAUUUCAACAAAAUAAUGUUGCAGGAAUGCUAAUCUUAUCUGUUUCUAACUACAGAACUGAUUUCAAAACAAUCUGAGAUGGUGGGUGUCAUGGCGUCAUGGGUGUGAACGACCCAUGUCUGAUAUGUCUAGCUAUAUAUACACUUGUUAUAAGGGCAUCUGAUUGUACAAUUUUACAAACUACUGUCUCUGUCCUCUCCUUUCCUCAGCUUCACAUGCAGCAUCAAGCUACGACUGGGUCCUCUCAAGUGUACUCUCUGACAGCUCUUCUGUCCACACCUCAGAGACACUAGCAGAGAUGGCCAGAGUGAUCAAACCUGAUGGAAAACUAGUGCUAGAAGAACCUGUUACAGGUAAGAAGGUGGAGAGCGCAAAGUGUUUGAGUGUCCUGAUCAUUAUUAAGGAUACAUAGUGAAGGAUUCAGAUUCUUGACACCUGUCCUUGUUCUUAGGAACUGAUGACCAAAAAGUGAGGACUGCUGAGAAGCUUAUGUCAGCCUUGAAGUUGUCUGGCCUGGUGUCUGUGACUGAGGUGAGUAAACCAGCACUGGAAUGUCAUAGAUUCACUCCUCCAGGCGCUGUGUACUCUGACUCAUUUUUUGUUUACCAACAUUGACAGGUCAGUAAAGGACCCCUGACCCCAGAGGCUGUGUCUGCCCUGAAGACAUCCACAGGCUUCCAGGGUAACACUCUCUCCAGGGUGCGCAUGUGUGCAUCUAAACCCAACUUUGAAGUGGGCUCCUCAAGCCAGCUGAAGCUUUCCUUUGGGAAAAAGACCCCAAAACCAGGUAUGUGGAAUUCUCCUUCCUUCUGUUACCAUUUCAUAUUAUUCCUCUUGGCCCUGGCCUCCUUUUAAAAUGUAAUUGAUGUUCUUGUUUCAGUACACAAACCUGCUCUUGAUCCCAAUGCUGCCAAGGCGUGGACCCUGUCAGCCAAUGACAUGGAUGAUGAUGAUGUGGUGAGUGAUUGGUGUGUAUUUUUAGGUUUUUAUAUGAUUUCUCUGAUGGUGAUUCACUCCUAUUUGCCAUAUUUUCAAUUUAAGCCUACUAGAAUGUGUGUGCCCCCAGGCUUGGAGAGAAGCAAAAGUCAUUCCGCUACCUAAGAAUAGUAAAGCCCCCUUUACUGGCUCAAAUAGCCGACCAAUUAGCCUGUUACUAACCCUUAGUAAACUAUUGGAAAAAAUUGUUUGACCAGAUACAAUGCUAUUUUACAGUAAACAAAUUGACAACAAACUUUCAGCAUGCUUAUAGAGAAGGACCUUCAACAAGCACAGCACUUACACAAAUGACUGAUGAUUGGCUGAGAGAAAUUGAUGAUAAAAAGAUUGUGGGGGUUGUUUUGUUAGACCUCAGUGCGGCUUUUGACAUUAUCGAUCAUAGUCUACUGCUGGAAUAACGUAUGUGUUAUGGCUUUACUCCACCUGCUAUAUUGUGGAUACAGAGUUACCUGUCUAAGGGUGAUCUUUAAUGGAAGCCUCUCCAACAUAAUCCAUGUAGAAUCAGGAAUUCCCCAGGGCAGCUGUCUAGGCCCAUUACUUUUUUCAAUCUUUACUAAUGACAUGCCACUGGCUUUGAGUAAAGCCAGAGUGUCUAUGUAUGCGGAUGACUCAACACUAUACAUGUCAGCUACUACAGCGACUGAAAUGACUGCAACACUUAACAAAGAGUUGCAGUUGGUGUCAGAGUGGGUGGCAAGAAUAAGUUAGUCCUAAAUAUUUAUAAAACUAAAAGCAUUGUAUUUGGAACAAAUCAUUCACUAAACUCCAAACCUCAAUUAAAUCUUGUAAUAAAUAAUGUGAAGAUUGAGCAAGUUGAGGUGACUAAACUGCUUGGAGUAACCCUGGAUUGUAAACUGUCAUGGUCAAAGCAUAUUGAUACAACAGUAGCUAAGAUGGGGAGAAGUAUGUCCAUAAUAAAGCGCUGCUCUUCCUUCUUAACAACACUAUCAACAAGGCAGGUCCUACAGGCCCUAGUUUUGUCGCACCUAGACUACUCUUCAGUAGUGUGGUCAGGUGCCACAAAGAGGGACUUGGGAAAAUUGCAGUUGGCUCAGAACAGGACAGCACGGCUGGCGCUUAAAAGUACACGGAGAGCUAACAUUAAUGACAUGCAUGUCAGUCUCUCCUGGCUCAGAGUGGAAGAGCGAUUGACUUCAUCACUGCUUGUUUUUGUAAGAGGUGUUGACAAGCUGAAUGUACCGAGCUGUCUGUUUUAAACUACUAAACUACUAUCACAUCAUACCCCACAAGACAUGCCACCAGAGGUCUCUUCACAGUCUCCAAGUCCAGAACAGACUAUGGGAGGCGCACAGUACUACAUAGAGCCAUGACUACAUGGAACUCUAUUCCACAUCAGGUAACUGAUGCAAGCAGUAGAAUCAGAUUUUUUUUUAAAAAAACAGGUAAAAAUAUACCUUAUGGAACAACGGGGACUGUGAAGAGACAUACACAAGGGUAUAGACACAUGCAUACGCACACAUUGUGAUAUUGUUGUAUGGUGGUAUUAAACAUUUUGUAUUGUAGAUGGGUAGUAGUGUAAUAAUGUCAUAUGAUGUACUGUUUUAUAUUUUGUUUUAUAUGUAAUGUAAGCGCUUUAGUAUGUUUGGACCCCAGGAAGAGUAGCUAAUGGGGAUCUCUAAUAAAUACAAAUAUGCCACUCCCUUGUCUUUCCUCCUCAGGACCUGGUAGAUUCAGAUGCUCUGUUGGAUGCAGAUGACUUGAAGAAGCCAGACGCAGCCUCCCUCAAAGCACCCUCCUGUGGUGACGGAACCACCAAGAAAAAGAAGGCUUGCAAGAACUGGUAAGAAACACCCCACACUCUUUCUUUAUUUGGUUACAGAAAAGAGGGCUCACCCAUACACCAAUAAGAUUGCUGGAGUCAUAACCAAGAGACACAAGUGAUGACAUUCCAACUGAUUAUUGAAUAUCUGUAAUGCAAAUAUGGAGAUAAUCACACAUGGUUGCCUUGUAUCAUAACUGUUCUCUUGUAAUUGUUCCCCACAAUGAAAUUGGGGAGGCGACUGUGGAUCUGUCUCCAUCCGUACAUACAUUUGUUCCAACGCUAGUCACACGCGAUAUCUGACAGCACUGGCCCGAUUUUGACUGAAGUUGGGUGAAUGAUGUGUCUUGCCAUAGCGAUCCGACAUUUACAAAAUUAUACUGAUUGGCCAGAUGGUGGCGCUAUAAAGAGAUUGGAAAGGUCACGCCCCUCACCCCGUUUUACUUAAAUCAUGAAAUUCGGUACAUAGGGCCCUCUCCCCACAAGGAACAUAUUUGCCUCAUGGACCCAUAAGGUCAGAUUUUCCGCCAUUAAAAUGUUUGUGAAAAACACAACGCUACUCUGCUGGCAUCGAAUGAGCGAUCUGCACAAAACUUGAUAUAUGGACAAAGGUCUCUCAACGCAAUAUUUUCCUGAAUAGUACCUAAAACAACAUGGCCGCUAUUGACCAAUAAACAUUCACAGGGCGUGGUCUGGCACAAAUGCAUAUAAAUCAGUCAAGGAUAUUUGUAUUGUUACACAAUUUUUGUGCAUAUGUUGCAAACACUGUCAAGUCUCAACAUAUGCAAUAAUUCAUAUCGACCACACGGUGGCGCUAUAACAGGCACAUGUUUAUUUGUUGAGCUGUUUGACUCAGUGCUGAAAUUUGGCACGCAUGCUCAGGAUGAGUCUAGCAAACGCACGCGAUAUCUGACACAACUGACCUGAUUUUGACUAAACUUGGGUGAAUGAGGUCCGGCAUUUACAAAAUUACACUUAGCCCAAGGGGGUCACUGCAUCAUUCUUGGGGGACGGCAUGCUUACUGUUGCCUUGUUUGUCAUUACUCCUAUGUAGCUCUUGUGGUCUUGCUGAGGAGUUGGAACAGGAGAGCAAGGGUGCCAAGACAAUCAGCCAGCCUAAGUCAGCUUGUGGAAGUGUGAGUGUCACUCUUUGCCCAUAUGCAACCACCAUGGCUCUGUGUCAACACCAGUUUGUAAUUUUUGACCUGUAUUUCAGUGUUACCUGGGUGAUGCCUUCCGAUGUGCCAGCUGUCCGUACCUUGGGAUGCCUGCCUUCAAACCUGGGGAGAAGAUUGUACUGGCCAACACAGGGCUAAAUGAUGCCUAGAAACAUAACCACAAUAUAUACUUUCUGGAAUAUCGUAUUAUUUACAUUAUGCUAACCUCCCACCCCCUGGAGUCCAUGACCAAUGCCAGGUUCUCAGUGAGAUGGUGAGAAUGGCUCUUCUACAUCUCUUCAUGUAUAAGAGCAAAAAGCAGAUUGUGUUUGAGAAAUUGAAGGCUUAUUGUGCUGAAUUGCAGUAAAUGUGCCAUUGCUGGUUGUAAUAAAUGUAUUGGGAGUAGCAUUUGAAGUAUCCAAACAUUACUGAAUUUCAUUACUGCUCCUGGACAUAUCAUAUACAGUGGGGGAAAAAAAAGUAUUUAGUCAG